UGCUAGCGCAGCUGUACGAGCACGAGCACGGAUCUCCACAGUCCCUAGCCCUCGUCGUCCUCCUCUUCCUCGUCGCGAUGCGCUUGGCGAUGCCGCGGUCGAGAGCGGAGAAGCUGCUCAGCAAGCUCCCUUCGCCUCCGUUCAGGCUCCCCGUCAUCGGGCACCUCCACCUCGUCGGCCCCCUCCCCCACCGCUCCCUCCGCGACCUCGCCAGGUGGCACGGCCCCGACGUGAUGCUCCUCCGCCUCGGCACCGUGCCCACACUCGUCGUGUCGUCCCCUCGCGCCGCGAAGGCCGUCCUGCGCACGCACGACCACGUCUUCGCGUCCCGGCCGCGCUCCGCGGUCGCCGAUGUCCUCUUCUACGGCUCCACCGACGUCGCCUUCGCCCCCUACGGCGAGUACUGGCGGCAGACCAGGAAGGUCGUCACCACCCACCUCCUCACCCCGAGGAAGGUCCGCUGCAGCCGCGCCGCCCGCGAGCAGGAGGUGCGCCUGGCCCUCGCCAGGGUCAGGGACGCCGCUGCCGCGCGCACGGCGGUGGACCUGAGCGAGCUCUUCAGCUUCUUCGCCAAUGACGUUGUGUGCCAGGCCGUGACGGGCAGGCUCCCUAGGGAGCAAGGUCGGAACAAGCUGUUCCGGGACCUGCUUGAGACGAACGCCAAGCUCCUCGGAGGUUUUAACCUGGAUGACUAUUUUCCCAGCUUGGCAGGGCUCAACGUGGUGUCCGCCAAGGCUGUGAAGCACAGGAAAAGAUGGGACAACCUCUUGGACAGCCUCAUCGACAAGCACGUGAGGAAGACGGAGACUGAUGAGCACGAGGACUUCAUCGACGUGUUGCUCUCCGUUCAACAAGAGUACAGCCUGACCAGAGACAACAUCAAGGCAAUACUGAUGGACAUGUUUGAAGCCGGGACGGACCCAACGUACAUGGCGCUAGACUUCGCCAUGGCUGAGCUGAUACGGAACCCCAAGGCAAUGGCCAAACUGCAAGCCGAGGUGAGGAGGUGCGCAGGCAAGGGGAAGGAAAUUGUCACCGAAGAAGACCUGAGCAGCAUGAGCUACCUGAAGGCGGUGAUGAAGGAGUCGAUGCGGCUGCACGCACCGGGGCCUCUUUUGAUACCCCACUUCUCCAUGGCCGAAUGCGAUGUAGAGGGCUAUACCAUACCCUCCGGGACACGUGUAAUCCUCAACGUGUGGGCUUUAGGCAGGAACCCCACAUGCUGGGAGAGUGCGGACGAGUUCAUGCCCGAGCGGUUCAUGGAAGAAGCCAUGGAUGCUGCUUCCGACUUGCAGGGAAACGACUUCCGGUUGUUGCCGUUCGGGUCUGGACGAAGGAUGUGCCCGGCUAUAAAGUUCACCACUGCCACUUUCGAAACCAUUCUAGCCAACCUUAUCUACCACUUCAACUGGGAGCUUCCGCCGGGGACGACAGGCAUCGAUAUGACAGAGUCAUAUGGGAUUGAUGUGCAUCGUAAGGAGAAGCUUCUUGUAGUCCCAUGCGUGGCUCAGGACGUCUAGACAUAUGUAUUGUUGCAUCGCAUUUCAAUUCCCAGUGCACCCGUGCAAAUAAAACUAGCUUAGUCUAGUUCAGCUGCUAUGUAGAACAAUAAGUGCCUUGUUACAUUCCAGCUGCUAUGUUGA